CCCAGUAGUCAAGAGCUGCUCUUGGGGGGCGAGGUUCAAGGGAGGGAGUCAGAAGGACACUAGAAGAAGUAGCAUCCACCGCAUUUUCGAACCUUAACGAUAUCCUCCGACUUCGCAAUUAAGACGCACAUUUCAAAGUUUGCUUUUAAAGACCCCGGACUCAACUCAGUCAUGAUGAGGAAAAUCAGUUUGAUCGUGUUCGGCUUUCUGCUCGGCAUGGCUCUUUCAGCCCCUGUAAAAGUCCAAGAGGAGUCUGAGACCAAGUUCCACGGGGAGGACUUCCACAUCCAGCUGCCCUCCGUGGGGGCGGACAUCACCUUCCGGCCCUCCUCGGGCCCCCGGCAGGCGGACACCGUGCUGAUGCGGGACGGCGAGGUGGUGGGCCGGCGGGCCAAGCUCAACCUGCACUUCAGCCACCUGGUGCUGGACAACGUGAGCGAGGGCGACGAGGGGGUGUACACGCUGAAGAACGCCGCCACGCCCGAGGACAUCCGCCGCAUCCGGCUCAUCGUCAGAGACUGCUCCAACGAGGAGAGUGUGCGGUACGGGGACACCUACAACAUCCAUCUGUUGGGCGUGACAGCCCCCAUCACCCUGGAGUACAGACCCCUGGCCGUGGAGGCCAACCAGACAUCCAGGCCUGCUCUGGUGCUGAUGACCAGCACGGGGCUGUCCCGGGACGGCUACCAGGGGCGCAUCGUCGUCAACGAACGCCACGUGUCCCUGAGCUCCACCACGGGCGCGGACGAGGGCAGCUACACCAUCAGGGACGCCGACGGCAACAUCAAGAGGAAGGUCUGCCUCAACGUGCAAGAGCACUUCGACUACAAAGAGCUGCCCAACGACGGCGUGAUGAAGAUCAACCUCCGCCUGGACAGCUCCCUGGUCAGCCUCUACUACAGCCCCAACAACGACUCCAAACCAGUGCUGCUCAUGGACAAGGGAGAGCUCACCCCGAGCCUGAGUGAGCUGGGCAUGGAGGGUCGUCUGCACAUGGAGGGCACCACGGCGGUGCUGGACCACCUGCGGGCCUCCGACGCGGGACGGUACGAGGUGGUGGACGCCCUGAGCUUCCCCGUCGCAGUCUUCCAUCUGGAUCUGGAGCCCUACAGGCUCCCCAUGGUGCUGGUGGCGGUGAUCGCCCUGUGCGGCCUGCUGGCCUUCCUGCUGCUCGUGUGCCUGCUGUCCUGCCUGUGGAAGGUGAAGAAGAGGGCCAGGAGGGCUGCCGACCUGGAGAAGAUCGCAGAGAAUGCGGGAAAGGAGGACGAGGGGGACGCCUUCAGACAGGUGGUGAAGAACAUGAAGCAGCUGAAUGAUGACUCUAAACACUCCCAGGCGGAAAACACAGAGAAAUCCCAGAGCACCGAAGUGGACAUUAAAGGUCUGGAGGUGUCCUCUAAGGAGGUGGGCGUGGACAACAUGGAGACUAGUGACUCCGGAGUGGGCUUCAACACCACCGCCCUCCCUUUGGACACCGACACCGACAUCGGAGAACAAAUCCUAGAAUCCGAGGCUGAAGGCGUCUCCGUUGCCAUGGCCCCUAAGCCAAGCCCACCCGCCGCCGCCACCGCCACCGCCGCCGCCGCCGCCGUGACCACACCCAGUGCCCCGCCCUCCGUGGAUGUACAGCCGCCACCACCUGACACCAACAGCACCCCCGACUACGCGCUGAACAUCCCCACCUUUGCAGACGUCAAGCUUAGCCCGGCCCAAAGCCCUGAGCCCAGAGCCGGCCUGAGCCCCGGCUCCAAGCCAGGUGAGCGGGCCAAGACCCCCGAGCCCAGUCCCAUCCCCAGCCCGGGCCUGGCGCUGAAGGCCUCCUCCCCAAUGGCUCCCUCCGCCCGCGCCGCUCCCCCCACCCCAGAGGCCAAGCCUGCCCUCACUCCCACCCCGGAGCCCAGCGCUGCACCUGAAUCAGCCCCCACCGUCAACGGCACCCCCGAACCCGCACCCGGAUCCAAAGCCAGUCCAGAAGCGGCUCCGAAGGUAGUCCCCCCGAAGACCCCCGAGGUGGAGCUGAAGGCCGACGCCCCUGGAGUCCAGGCUGAAGAGACCACCACCUGA